UAUAUAUAAGGGACAAUGCAGCCAAGGAAGUACAACCUCACUUGUUGCCAGGUGAAUUGGUGCUUUGUGAAGCAAACAUGGUUUUGAAACAUAUACAAGAUGAUGGAUCAAAUCGUGGCACAUUUGGGAAACUUAUUUGCACAAACUUCAAGAUUUCAUUCCUUGGUGAAGAAUCUUCUUUGGAUGAUGGACUACAAUUUAAGAAUAACAUCAUUGGGGAAAAUGACAUCACUCUUCAGUGUGUAGACCAGCUUCAUGGAGUUUAUGAUGAGAGAAAGAAACCUAUAUGUGGUCAACUAAGAAAAUACCCAGAGACAAUAAUAAUCUACUGCAAAGAUCUUAGAGUGUUUCACUUCUGUUUGAGAUAUACCAAGGAGGAAGAAGUUAAAAGGAUCGUCAGUGGCAUAGUUCAUCAAACACAGACUCCUAAGCUGUUUAAACGCUUGUUUUUGUUCUCUUAUGCAGCAGCUGCACCAGAUGAUAAAGAACUAGAGGAUCAAAUGGUGAUGUUUGAUUCUAUUAAAGACUGGCGUGAAGAGUUGGCGCGAACCAAAGGAAACCUGAAAUUCAAAGCAGUGAGUGCCAAUGAAGGCUACAAAAUCUCUAAAAAGUUACCUGCAUACUUUGUUGUUCCCAUGGCUGUGUUUGAAGAGAACAUCUCACAGUAUGAAGGAAGAGGAAUUCCAAUUUGGUGUUGGUCUUGCCAAAGUGGUGCUGCUGUGCUCAAGAUGUCAGCUCUUCCCAAAGAACAAGAUGACAACAUCGCACAAAUGCACAAAAGCUUCUUGGAAGGAAUGUAUAAAACAAUAGAUAAACCUCCUUAUGAAGCCAUGAAAAUUGAAGACCUUUCGAGCAGUCUUCCAUCUCUACAAGAAAUCCAAGUUUCAUAUACUAGAUUUAAGCAACUAUUUUUCAUAGAUAACAGUGCAGACUUCUGGGAUACUGAUGUAAAGUGGUUUUCAUUAGUGGAAAGUACAAACUGGCUGGAAAUCAUAAGAAAAUGCCUGCGAAAAGCAGUAGAUGUUGUUGAGUCAUUAGAAGCACAGAAUACAAAUGUUCUCCUUAUAGAGGAAAAUGCAUCUGACCUGUGUUGUGUGAUCUCAUGUUUGGUUCAAGUCAUGAUGGAUUCAUACUGCAGAACAAAGCUAGGAUUUCAGAGCCUUAUUCAAAAAGAAUGGAUUAUGGGAGGACAUGCUUUCUUGGAUCGUUGCAACCAUCUGCGGCAAAGUGAUAAAGAAGAGGCACCAGUCUUCUUAUUGUUCUUGGAUUGUGUAUGGCAGUUGGUUGAACAGUAUCCACCAGCAUUUGAGUUUUCAGAGACUUAUCUUACUGUUCUGUCAGAUUGUUUGUAUAUUCCUGUAUUCAGCACUUUCUUCUUCAAUUCACAACAUCAGAGAGACACCACUAUGUAUGGAGGAAGCCUUGACACACAAGGAAGCAAACUAAGUUAUUGUUCAGUUUGGAAUUGGUCAGUGCAGUUUGAACCCGAGGCCCAAGCUUUUCUUAAUAAUCCUUUGUACGCAGAGAAGCCGAAGCUAGACAGAAGUCAGAGGAAAACUACACGGUUCAAGCAUCAGCGACAGCUUUCUUUGCCUCUGACACCAACGAAGCCUCCUCCAAAAAGAGGCUUUUUUAAGGAAGAAACAGACCAGUUAAUUAAAAAUCUUCUGGGCAAAAGAAUCAGCAAGUUAAUAACUUCUUCUGAUGAACUUCAGACUAAUUCCAGAGAGUUUUAUGACAGUUGGCACUGUAAACCUGUUGACCUCCAUGGACUACUGCUGCCACGUCUAGAAGGACCAGAAAUAAAAGUGUGGGCACAGAGAUAUUUACGAUGGAUCCCUGAAGCUCAGGCGCCUGGUGGUGGAACAGUGGCCACUGCGACUAAAAUCUUGGAUGUGAUGGAGGAUGUGCAGGGCUUGCAGAAGAAAGUGGAUGAAAAACACAGUGAAAUGGUUGCUGAAGAAGAAAAUGCAGAAGUUUCUCCAUUCUUGAGAAAUACUGCUCGCUUGUCAUCCUUAUUUCCAUUUGCCUUGCUUCAGAGACAUUCCCUCAAACCAGUUUUACCUACCAGCACUUGGAAAGACUUAGAAGAUGAAGAGGAUUUAGCCAGAAGAGAUGAUGAGUAUGUUGAGUUAGGUGAUGUUUGACAUGACACUGUAGAAAUCCAAGUGCUGGCAGAUUUCAUUCAAAAUAUCAUAUUUCAUUCUAAAUAUCUACUGUAUAUCAGUUACUGGUGGCUUCUCCUUUUGGCUAUAUUCUGACUAAAACUAACAAAGCUUUUAUUGCAGGAAGGUCUCUUCAUUUGACAACACUAAUGUAUGUUCUAGAUGAGUUUUGAUCAGUUUUAAUCUAUAGCUGUGUUCUGCGGGGCUCAGUUGAAAAAUAAAUUGAAACAAUGGAUUGGAUCCAAACUCCCUGUGGAGGAAGAUUGUGGCGAUUCCUACAUGCAGUACCUAGACGUUGUUCUUGAAAGGUCAGUUCCCUGGGGACCAGCAUUGGAGCUGAUGCUGGAAUCUGAAAGGGGACUUUGUAGAAUUGACUCUAAUGGAACCCAUUUACUGGAUCUUGGUCUCUUAGGUAAAUGCAAAGAGGUUUUCAUCUGUUCCCAAAAAAGGUUCAGUAUUAGUGUAGAUUUAAUUUUGACUAUAUAUGGGGUAAAGACAGCAUGUGUGCCCUAGCAUGAAAGGGUGUCCUAAAAAUAUCCACUAUAACUUGAAAAUGGCCUGGAGUAAGAUAUGAAACAUCUUAGUGGUUACAUCUUAAAAUAUAUAGUUUCAUUGUUCAGUAAAAGAGAACUUUCUUAAGAGAACCAGAUCAGUUUUUUUAAAAUAGACUUGAAUUUUAAGGUUGUGGCCUUUUUAAUCUUAAACUAGAGAUUAUCUUUAUCAUGCAUUCUGCUUGUUCUACUUAUCGAUUCUGUUACAGAUUUAUAGAUCAUGGGAAUAUUUUAAUGAAGCUGUCUUGAGCUCUGUUAGUAUGAAUAUCUUGAAGUCACCAGCCCUCUCUUCCCUAUCUCUUAUUUUCCACCAUUUGUGUUCUGUUUUGGGGUGUGAAGUUCUAGUCACUUAUUGCCAAGAACAAGAAAGGGUUGAAUGUAAAGAUACCAGUAAGCCAGAAUGUUUCCUCUAAUUGUGUAGGUCGCUCUUUCUCAAUGCUGGUAGCAUGCACUGAUUCUCAUGUCUUUCUUUUAUGAAGGGCAACUAAAGAGGUAUAUUUAGCUAUGAAACUGGAUUUUUCAUCCAGUACUACUGCUUUCUAUAAAAAUAGCAUUAAAACUAAUUAUGAAUGUAGGAA